UCAACAUUUGCAUACAACACAUCACAUCAAACACACUCAGCACGGGGCCACAAACAACUCAGGAAUCAAGAAUCCAUAAUAAAUACGAAAGCACAAACAAACAAACAACACACGGUUCAAAAACUUUUUCAACCCACACAACACCUCCUAACCCAAUCUUAACAGACAAAUUACUUUAGCAUCAACGUUAACAGUAGCAAUAGAGUGACAGCAGGGUAAGCGGAUAGCAGCAGCCAGUAGCAGCAGCAAUAUGAAAAGUUUAGUUUUCAAAUCUCUAAUGCUGAUAAUGGUUUUACAAGAUGUUACAACAGUUUUAGCUAAACCAACAACUAAGGCACCCAUCAUGAAUGUUGACAAGACACAACCACUCUACGAAUUACAAUUGGCCGUUUGGCCAACAGAUGUUGAUGAUAUUAUUGAAGCGGUUAUGCCACCAAACAAUGAAAUUCCCCUGCACACGUUAAUAGAACAGCCAGUGGUUGUUAUGCCUGACAUGGACGACUAUACACAAAAUGAUGAUGAUAAUGAUGAUAAUGGAAUAAUCACUGAUAAUUUUGCCGAUGAUGAUGAAGACCUUGAUGUUGUUUAUGAUCCCACUAGUGAUUUGUGGCCAAUAAUUACGGGUGAACCAGAGGCCAGCAAACCAACAGACGAAGUAAUUGUAUUGGAAAAUUAUCAUCAUAAAUAUGGCAAUGGUAGUGAGGAAUAUAAGUUAGUGUUAAGUAAUGGCAUGGUCAAUUAUCAACGCAUAGAUCAUGUCUUGGUGAAAGGUGUUUGGAGGCCAGUACAACAGGGUUAUUAUACUGUACCCUCGAUGGCGGGUACAAGAGAAUCAUAUCAGACAACUUAUUAUCGUGCCGAUACAAAUGGUUAUAAUGUUUAUAAAGUAUGUUCUGAAAGAACUCCCCGUAAUCCUGCUUAUGAUGUUUAUUUGCAAUAUGCCAAGGAACAAGAUGCCAAACUGCAAGGAAAUUGA